UCGUAAAGUCCUGUUAACAACAGAAAAACCGAGAUGGACACCACUAGAGACGCCUGACAGUUUCUGUCUGUAUUCUUAAUUGUUAUCUGAAAUGUUUAAGUAGUGACCGCCAGGCUUCAUCACACAGGACCAGUUGUAAAAAUGGAGGCCAUGGAAGAUGACAGUUUGGACAUGAAAGACGACCACAACCACAACUAUUGUGCGAGCAGCGGCAGUAAAGUCCGCACGUAUCUGAGUAGCCAACUGUCGGAUGGAGCGGCGGUCCCGCAGCCUGCCUGCCCACCGGUGCCGGGAGGAGAACCAGGCAGUCGACGAGGGAAGCUGAGAUCCGGCAGCACUGGGGGGUCAAAGUGCAUGGACUCGGAUUCAAGCAGCGAGAGCAGCGAAGUCAGCGAGACUGACUGCUCCGCUCCUCCAGCCGCCGCUGAGGGAAAAUUCACCCUCGAUUCUACUUCCAAGUUCCUUCUGAAUGCAAUGGCUGUAGAAGACUACCGGAAAAACCACUGGCCAAACCUGGAGAAGGCCAUAGACCGUCUGCUGAUCCAGAAUCCAACAGACCACAUCUCUGUUUCUUAUGCACAAAUAUACAGUUACGUCUAUAAGUGUGUUUGUCAGCAGCACUCUGAGCUGCUCUACAAUGAUCUAACGUUAAAAAUAACAAAUCACCUGCAACAGGUCUCCACCCAUCUACAAGCCAGCCCACCUGAGAACUUUAUUGAGAACUUUAAUGUUGCUCUGACGCAAUACACAGCUUCUCUCCAAUGCAUAGUUCCUGUGUUUAUGUACUUGAAUAAGUUCUACAUCGAGUCAAAGCUGAACAGAGACCUGAGAGAGGAUCUGAUGAAGCUGUUCGCCGAUCACGUCGCAGAAAUACACGUGAACACACUGAUGCCUCUUCUUAUCAAAGCUCAUUCCAUGCCGUUUCAAGUGCAGCCUUCUACAAUGGCCAGUGUGGUUAAAGGCCUCUACAGCCUCCGACCAGACUGGGCCCAGUUAGCUCCGGAUCUCUUCUCUGGGUUUAUUCCCCAAAUCAACCCUCCUGCUGUGGAGUCUCUACUGCCCGACUACGCUGCUCACGACCAGAAGUUACAGAUGGAGCUCUCCUUAAACGGAUUCCCACGAGGUGACCAGUCUCGCAAGCGGGCCAGCGAUGACUCCUGAUAGCAGAGCUGCCGCCACCACACUCGUUGCAGAACUAUUACUGUGCCUCCUACAUCUUUAUCACACGUUGGCUCACUGCACUAGGUACAAUGUUGACAAUGUGUCAGUUUCAUCAUCGACUCAAAGUCCUAAAACACUGUGAACAACAAAGAGAGCUCGAUGUUGGGUUGCUGAGCAGAAGCCUAAUCUCACUGCUCUAAAAAACAAGCACACAGACUUCCAUUAUGGUGCUUUCCUCUGUGAUUAUGAUGCAUCCAGCUUCAGUAUUAAUGGGAUGCUGUGUGCGCUGAGUUGGGUUUCUUCAUGUUCUCCUCAUUUGAAGAGUGCCUUCACGGUGCCUUCUGAUCGGAUAUCCAAACGACGGAUAGGCUGAUGAGUUCAUUCCUAACCUUUAACAUGGAAGUGUCUUUUUGAUAGACUGGGCUAAUCAAGACUUUCUAUUGCUGCUAACAAUACUGUCCAUGUGAUAAUUCUACAACUCCCUCAGCGUCACCCACUGUGUCUGUAACCCACUGGCUUUGCUCAGCUCAGACGAGUGCAGAAAGAAACGAGAACAAAUGGGAACUAAGUCAUCGACCUCAACUCUGAUUCUCUUCUUCAUGUUGCCUUUACUGCAUUGGUAAACCGGAUUGUAUUUUCCCGUUACGCCAAAGAGGAUUUGCAUUUUUUUUUUUCCUUUUAUAUAUAUCGCAUUGGAUUCAAGCUGACAUUGUUAAUGUUGUAUGUUGUCUGAGUCACUGAGCCAUUUCAUUUUUUUAUACUAACAUAUUUUGAGCUUUGGUUGUUUGUUAUGCUCAAGUCAAAUUCUAACUUUAAAUAUUACUUGUUUUGCCUUGCAUGUAGGAUUGGCAGGGAUUGCCAUGUAGGACAUUACAUUAUUUGUCAGAAGGCUUAAAAAAACCACAGAAUAGUGUUAGACAAUUUGACUUAAGUUUGUUCGGCGACUAAAUUGUUCCUAAACUGUAAAUAUAUCAAACCUGACACUUCAUUAAUCUGAUGUAAAGAAUUAGACUUGGGCGGUAUCGAUGUCUCACAACUUCCUAAGGUAUACGGUAUAUACCGCUUUUCAGGGUUUUCCUACACAUUAAUGUGUUUGUGGCGCACUGCCACAACAUCAGCAACUGCCGCCACAUAUAGAUUUUGUAGUUUUGGAGCUGCCUCUCUCUCUCUUGCUGUCUCUUUCUCUCCCGCAGCAGAAUGCACUCUAGGCAUAGACGGAGCUGCACAAUGCCAAGCUCAGUGAAAGUCAAACAUAACCUUUCAUUAGUUCAUGUAGUUUUGUCCAACCCUCUUAGGAUGAAACAGCUGCAUUCCCAUGGAAACUACACACACUGCAGCCCAGCGCUGGGUCUAACUGUGUAUAAGCAGCAGAAGGAAGUUUGCUUUCACUCGCAUCUGCAAAAGCUGUUCCUCUAAUCUAUCACUCAUCUCAUCACAUCUGAGUGAUCCAACCACAAACUGAUCAAAAGGAAAUGUUGAUUGUGAUAAUCAAACAGUUCUUUUCUCAAUAGUCCAUCCCGUGGCUCAAAACUCCUCUAACUGCUUCAGAGGAAAAAAAAUAAAAAGUUAAGAAAAGUUUGCUUAUGCUGCGUUCAUGGACCCACAAGAACCGCCAAAUGUGGAAUGAUCACUGAUACCCCUUUUCCACCAAAGACGCUCUGGUUCUUAAACUGGUUCCAUUCAGGAUUCUUGGAACCUGAACCUGAAUGGUUCCAAGCAUGCUUUCUAGGGAACCAGCGCUCAUUUCCACCAGUUUUGAGUGGAACCAUUGUCAUCAAGGAUGAGGCAUCAAUGGAUCGUUUUGCACAAUGCACACUGGAAAUAAACAGUACAAGCAAUAUCGAUUACAUCAAUUAGCAAUGAACUUUUGUUCUGUUAUUACAGAUGCUUGUUUUUUUCUAGUUCCGAGCUCUGUCUUUCCGUUUUUUAUUUUUGUUCAAAAUACUCUAAACAGUUCAAAAUUAGGCAUGGGAACCAGAACAGAACUAGUUUAACGUUGGUGAAAAAGGGGUACAAAUGACUACAAAACACACAAACAGAAAAAAUAAAACUCACUAAAACCGUCUUGGUAAUUCUCUCUGUUGUUCCAAAAAUCACCAACUCUGGUUUGGUUGACAUCAUUCACAAAAUUGGAGGAAAAUAUGCUUUUUCUUUAUUCCGUUAUUCCCUGCGGUCUCUGCUGUCAGUGGGGGGCUUUUUAAUAGUACUGUAAUGCCAUUCCUACCAUUGAGUCACCAUAUUUCUCAGCCCAGCUGCCUGUUCCACCAAUAGAUGCUGACCUCUGGUGGCACAUGCUGUGCACUACAAUACAAUGCCUCAAUACAGCAUCUCCUUUUCAGUUUAAUAGAAAGAUGAGCAUCUCUUUUUUGAUAGUAUUAAAAGUCAUACCCUCUGGAUUUCUAAGCAGCCUGCUGUACCGUAAUGCCCUGAUACCACCUAAGCCAAAAAGAAAAAGAUAUGCAAAUGUCGUUUGGCUUGAGUCUGGCGUACUUGUGCAAAAAUGUUCCCAACAUGCCUAACAUGUAUAGAGUAUUAGUGAUGUAAAUAGUUUUUGGUCUUUGCAUAGCGGUCGGUGUACACUAGCUUUUGUCACAGAUGCAUUUUUGUUAAAUGAUUCACUUGAAUAGAAGUAUUUGAUACAAGGUCUUACACUGUUUUAAGUGUAUAAUAGAUGCUCAGGCUUGCUUUUUCGUCUCCAUCUGUGGGCCUUGGAAAUGGUUCUCAUCAUUUUUCAAACUAAUUUCAUUAUUCAUGGGGCAUGGAGGUGAUUUUGUUUUUCACUGUUCAAGAUUUUAAAUCUGAAUCUUGACAAAUGUCAGUCUCUACAAUUAGUAGGGAUAAUGAUGAAGUCAGAGUCAUUGCAGAUGCCAAACACUGGAUGUAUGUUACUUGCUGAGUAACUUUCUAACAUGCUGCAAAAAAUCUCCAUGUUAAAACAACUGUGAAUAAACUUCCACUUGGCUUAAAUGCUGUUUCAGAAAUCUGUCGCAAAAAAAAAAAAAAUCUGUUUUCCAAAACCAAUAAAAUUCUU